AUGGCUCUCGCAGCGAUCCGCAGCUCUUUCCUUUCACCGACCCGUUUCAUACGACCGACGAUGACGGUGUCCCAGCAAAUACGAACCCAGACGCAGACUCGUCAGGUCUCAUUCUCAUCAUACCUUGUCACUCCCAAGGAGCUAUCAGAAGCUCUGAAAAAGAACCCGUCUACCAAGAUCUCUACAUCUCCUCGCGUGAUACCUCUAUGCGCAGCCUGGUUCAUGCCCAACGACCCUGAGGGCCGCACAGGGAUCGAUGUUUUCCGUAAACACCGAGUACCGCAAGCCCGCUUCUUUGAUUUGGACGCGAUCAAGGACACCGAGUCACCCUACCCACAUAUGCUUCCCACCGCGGAGACAUUCGCCCAAGCGAUGAGCGAGCUGGGGAUCCGGCGUGACGAUGAAGUGGUAGUUUACGAUACAGAGGAGCUUGGUAUCUUCAGCGCCCCCCGUGUCGGCUGGACUCUGAGAGUGUUUGGACAUCCCAAAGUUCAUAUUCUGAACAACUACCGGCUGUGGGUUCGCGAGAACUACCCGACGGAGACCGGCGAGCAUCACAAGCCGGAAAAGACGAACUACCCCGUACCUAGCUACGACUCAAAGCUUGUAAUUCCUUUCCGCGAACUGAAAGAGAUCGCCAAGGAGCACCGCAAGGAGGGUGCGAAAGAAGUAGAAAUUCUUGAUGCCCGCUCCAAGGGUCGCUGGGCAGGAACCGACCCUGAACCGCGCCCGGGUCUAUCCUCUGGACAUAUUCCUGGAUCGACCAGCCUGCCAUUCCAGGAAUUGCUGGAUCCGGAGACUAAGACAUAUCUCCCUCCGGAUCAACUUCGAAAGGUGUUCGAAUCGCGUGACCUGGAUCCGACCAAGUCUAUAAUCAGCUCCUGCGGCACUGGUGUGACGGCUACUAUCAUUGAGACAGCAUUGGGGCUGGCCGAAUAUGGUGACCCUAGCCUUCGAAGAGUAUACGAUGGAAGCUGGACGGAAUGGGCCCAGCGUGUCGAUGAGAAAGAUGGAUUGAUUAAGAAAGAUACCUAA